UCGAAAUCGAGGCAAUGUGUCAUUGAAUUUAUACGUACUUCGAGGAAGUGUCACUUCGUACCAGAUUUUUUCGAAUAUACGUUAAAAAUGGAUGCCCCAGCGGGGUUCAGACAUCGUAAGUCCUCACAGAAACAAGGAAGAAGCCGCAGUGCCAAGAGUCACCGGGGUGGUGGCACAGCAGCAGGUGGAAGGAUUCAAGGAGGACCAACACAGUUAUUUGAUGAUACCAGUACACAGCCACCACCGCAACCACAACCUGAUUACUAUGAUACCACAGGUGCUGAGCCUGGUUAUGAUACCUCAGUGGGGAUGGCUACUCCCGGAUCAAUGUCUAAUGUGCCGUACAGUAUGAAUGACCCAAUGGCUAAUAUGGCAAUGCAGUAUGGUGCAUCAUUGGCAGGACAAACAGGAGAAAUGCUUGAAAAAAAUGUUGACAGAUUCAUCUCUGUGAGCAAGUUAAAAUAUUAUUUUGCAGUAGACACAGCAUAUGUUGGUAAAAAAUUGGCAUUGUUGUCAUUCCCAUUUACUCACACGAAUUGGUCGAUUCAUUACAAUAAUCAAGACGAACCAGUAGCCCCUCGAUAUGAAAUAAAUGCUCCAGAUUUAUAUAUUCCAGUUAUGGCCUUUGUUACGUACCUUUUAGUUGCCGGAUAUGUUCUUGGCACACAAAAUAGGUUUGACCCUGAGCAGUUAGGAAUGCAAGCUAGUUCCGGUUUGAUAUGGUUGGUAAUAGAAUUGGCUAUUAUUGUCUUGUCUUUAUAUAUCAUGAAUUUGAAUACUCAACUGAGGACGCUGGAUUUGGUGGCUUUCUGUGGUUAUAAAUAUGUGGGGAUGAUUAUGAUUUUGUUAAGUGGAUUGUGUUUUAAUUCUCUGGGCUAUUAUAUAAUGCUGCUUUACAUGGGAACGUGCAUAGUAUUUUUUCUGAUGAAGACACUCAAGGUACUAAUAUUAUCAGAAGCCAAUCCUCACAGUGUAGUUCAUGGAAGAAAAAGAGGCACCUAUAUAUUAGUAUUUAUUGCAGCUAUGCAGCCCUUAUUCAUGUACUGGCUGACCUCUCAUCUGAGCACUUUUAAAGAAAAAAUAGACUAAAAACGGAUAAUCUGUUUUAUUAUGUUUAUACUCCUCCACAAACUCGUUAUAAAUUUGUAGACAUAUUUUAUGGUCAAAGCGAUGUAAUUAAUUGACA